AGAAGGCAGUGAUGCAAGCCAUGCCUCUGAGAAGCCUGCAACCCGUCCAGACAUACAGGAUCACUUUGGACUACACUCCUCAUUUAUUGGUCCCCCAUAUGUUCUCCGCCGCUUAGCUGCACGGAUUAGUUUGACGGGGUUUUAAAGCUGAAAAUUACUCCCAAACAGCUUGCUUUAUGCUUUUUGUUUCUUACUUAUUUAAUCGUUUCUGGAUCUAAAAAAAAGUCGUAGUUCUGUAUUCCCUCCAAAUGCUUCUUCGCAUAUCAGACUCGCUUUGCAUGUGGACAUAAGCCAGUGGGUUCAGUCAGGUGCUUCAACACAGAGGAUCUUAUUUAGGAUAAUUUUUAAAAUUCCUUUCCUUGUCCUGGAGGCGCGUCCUUUAUUUUUCCCAUCCACGAUGGCUGAUUCCAACGCUGAAUGCAAUAUCAAGGUGUUGUGUCGAUUCCGCCCGCUGAACCAGUCCGAAAUUAUCCGCGGAGAUAAGUUCAUCCCAAUAUUUCAAGGCGAAGACACUGUCAUCUUUGGGGGGAAGUCCUACGUGUACGACCAGGUCUUCCCCACUAACACCACACAGGAACAAGUCUACAACGCCUGUGCCAAACAGAUUGUCAGAGAUGUACUCGGUGGAUACAAUGGGACUAUCUUUGCCUAUGGGCAGACCUCUUCGGGAAAAACACACACCAUGGAGGGGAAGCUUCAUGAUCCCCAGGCCAUGGGAAUCAUUCCCCGGAUCGCCCAGGACAUUUUUGAACAUAUAUUUGCCAUGGAUGAGAACCUGGAGUUUCAUAUCAAGGUCUCCUACUUUGAGAUCUACAUGGAAAAAAUCCGUGACCUCCUUGAUGUAACAAAAACCAACCUGUCAGUGCAUGAAGACAAAUACAGGGUUCCCUAUGUGAAGGGCUGCACAGAGCGGUUCGUCACCAGUCCUGAAGAAGUGAUGGAUGUGAUAGAUGAGGGGAAGGCCAACCGUCACGUUGCUGUCACCAAUAUGAAUGAGCAUAGUUCACGUAGUCACAGCAUCUUCCUGAUUAACAUCAAGCAAGAAAAUGUGGAAACGGAGCAGAAACUGUGCGGGAAGCUCUACCUGGUUGACCUUGCUGGGAGUGAGAAGGUCAGUAAGACAGGUGCGGAGGGAUCGGUGCUGGAUGAAGCCAAGAACAUCAACAGGUCCCUAUCGGCUCUGGGGAACGUCAUUUCUGCUUUGGCUGAAGGAACGAAAUCCCAUGUGCCGUACCGUGACAGCAAAAUGACUCGUAUCCUGCAGGACUCACUGGGCGGGAACUGCCGCACCACCAUGUUUAUCUGUUGCUCUCCAUCCAGCUACAAUGAUGCAGAGACCAAAUCCACGCUGAUGUUUGGCCAACGAGCCAAGACCAUUAGGAAUACCGUCACAGUGAAUCUGGAGCUCACAGCGGAGCAGUGGAAGAAGAAGUAUGAGAAGGAAAAAGAGAAGAACAGAUCGAUGAAGGAAACUAUACAAAGACUUGAAGCUGAGCUGAACUGCUGGAGGAAUGGUGAGAAUGAUGUUGUGCUGGGGCAGCUGGGUGAAGGAUCGGAGGAUGCCCGCUUUGUGCCUCUGGAUUUUGAAGAGCCAACUCUUGAAUUAUGCAGCCCAUGCACCCCCUGCACUCCUUGCAGCCCCUGCUCCUUAGCGUCAUCCAUUGUGGUUCACAUCUCAGAGGAAGAGCGGCAUAAAUAUGAGGAAGAGAUCCGCAAGCUGUACAAGCAGCUGGAUGAUAAGGACGACGAGAUCAACCACCAGAGCCAGAUGGUGGAGAAGCUGAAGGAGCAGAUGCUCGACCAGGAGGAGCUUUUAGCUUCGUCCAGGGGAGACAGCGAGAAGGUGCAGUCAGAGCUCGGCAGGCUGCAAGCGGAAAAUGAGUCUGCUAAGACUGAGGUGAAGGAGGUGCUUCAGGCUCUGGAGGAGCUGGCUGUAAACUUCGACCAGAAAAGCCUGGAGGUCGAGGAGAAAAGCAUGCAGAACAAGGUGCUGGCUGAAGAACUUGGAAAAAAGAUGUCUCACCUCAGGGCUUUAGAGGCAGAGCUGUCGCGCAUCCAAGAGGUGAGCAGCCACCAAAGAAAACGCAUCGCCGAGGUUCUCAAUGGCCUCAUGAGGGACCUACGCGAGUUCAGCACUAUAGUUGGGAGUCGGGAAAUCAAGCUGCCUGUGGAGAUCACUGGCGCGAUCGAGGAGGAGUUCACGGUGGCUCGGCUCUACAUCAGCAAGAUUAAGUCGGAGGUGAAGUCCAUGGUGAAGCGCUGCCGACACCUGGAGAACCUUCAAACAGAAUGCAACCGAAAGAUGGAGGAGACGAGCAGAGAGCUGUCGUCAUGCCACCUCCUCAUCUCACAGCAUGAGGCAAAGAUUCGCUCUCUGAUGGAUUGCAUGCAGAAUGUGGAGCUCAAGAAGCGACAGCUGGAGGACAGCUAUGAUUCUCUGACUGAGGAGAUGGCCAACCUCAGAGCUCAAGAAAGCAUGUCACAGAUGACCAAUGGGGAAAACAACACAUCUGUCCAGAAUCUGUCUGACAUGAAGAGAGCUCUGGAGGAGCAGAUGAAGUCGCACCGUGAAGCCCAAAGCAAGCAGCUCGGCCGCCUUCGAGACGAGAUCAACGAGAAACAGAAGACCAUUGAUGAAUUAACAGACUUCAACCAGAAGCAGCAGCUGGAGUUGGAGCAACUGCACAGCGACUUUGAAUGUCUCAGAAGUCGGGAGCAUCACAAGAGCCGGCAGCUGGAGGAACUGACAUUUCUCUGCGAACGGCAUGAGCAGUCAAAGCAGGACCUCAAAGGGCUGGAGGAGACUGUUGCCCGUGAACUCUACACCCUGCACAACCUCCGCAAGCUCUUUGUUCAAGACCUCACGACUCGAGUGAGAAAAAGUACAGAGCUUGAACCUAAUGACACCGGGGGAUUUAUCACUCAAAAACAAAAGAUUUCCUUUCUUGAAAACAACUUGGAGCAACUUAGUAAAGUUCACAAACAGCUGGUACGCGACAACGCAGAUCUUCGCUGUGAGCUUCCGAAACUGGAGAAACGUCUCCGCUCCACCGCCGAGCGAGUUAAAGCGCUGGAGGGAGCGCUGAAGGAGGCCAAGGAGGGCGCCAUGAAGGACCGUCAGCGCUACCAGCAGGAGGUGGAGCGAAUCAAGGAUGUGAUGAGGCGCAAUCCUUUCCGCCGCCCCCACGCUGCACAGAUAGCCAAGCCUGUGCGUCCCGGCCACUACCCACUCUAUCCUCCCAUCAACCACUUCUUCAUCCGGGGCUACAGCGAAAACCCCGUCGCUUUCUGCAAUGCCGGCUUCCAGAACAAAAACAACCGACCAGCAGCUCCCAUGGAUGCUCCUCCAGUUCAUGACGCCGAGGCCAGAUUACCUAAGGAUGAGUGCAACCAGAACAGCUCUGCAGAACUCAUCAACCCACAAAGUGACGACGACGGCGAUGCUCAGAACAACAUGCUUUCAGCUGAAGCAGUAAGCAAAGCGGAGAAGUCUUCAGAAAUGCUUGAUUCAGAAAACGGAAACACCACAGAUUUCAAUGACAACAGCAUGUGUCUGAAUGUGAAUUCUGUGCCCAGAACUGACGUCUGCGACAAUCAGGACGCACCCAAACUCUACAAGUUGCAGAAUGAGGCUUCGGCCAGCUAAGGCAGGCGAAUGUUUCUGAGGCCUCCACUGUAAAUCUGCAUGCAGAUGAUCAAUGUUGUUCCAGACUCCUCCUAUCUGCCCCAAACCCACCUGCUGUAAAAAGCCCUCUUUGUGUCAGUUUCCCAUCCUCAGCCUGUUCUUCUCUGGUUCCUUCUUCCUGUGUGUGGGUAACAGUUUGGCAAGCACUGCAUCUCAAACACCUGCCAGCCUACACCUGCUGCUGCACCCGGUCACUAUUACUUGAAAUAGAACGGUCCCAAAAUAGAGAGGCGGGGAGAGAGAGAGGCUGCAUUGCAAUCUGUUACCACCAGGGUGUGCUCAUUGACAUUAGGGGCAAACAAUAAAAAAAAUCUCUUUUACACCCCAUAGUUAUUGUCAUCAUUAGUAAACUAUACAUAAGUUUCUAAAAAUACAAAAGGUAAAAUGUGACAUGAAAACAGGUUGAACCUUAUAGUCACUUUAUUAAUGUUAUUCUUUGUACUGCAUGUUUAUUUUUGAUGAAACAACUCUUAUGUUGAAAUUUUUCAGAGUACAGGGGCCUUGUGUUGAAAUCUAUUAAUGGUUAAAAGAAAAACCCUGAAACUAAAAAUAUUCUACAGUGUUUCAGUGGACUUUACUCAAUGUUUCUCUCAGUCAGAAGCCGACAGUUUCCCCUGAUUUAAGUUGGGGAAGUAAAAGCAUUUAUGUCACGUUUGUUGUAAAAGAUAAAAAA